AUGUCUUUAUCGCCCAAAAUUGAUGAAGUCCGCGACGUUGUUUUGCAUGCUGAUUUUGAUUUAGUAUGCAUAACAGAAACUUGGCUCCGCGAUCACAUUCCCGAAAAUAUCGUCGCUAUCCAUGGCUACAACCUAAUACGUCGCGACAGGAUAAAUGACCUGCAUGGAGGUGUAUGCGUCUAUGUUAAGGAUACCAUCAAAUAUCAAGUGGUUCGAGAUUUAAUGAACGGAAAACUACGAAUUACUGCACCCAACAUCACCAGCCUGUCUGAUAUCCAGCAAAGGGUUUUUGUGCCAUCUUUGUUACUCUAAAACGUCAUGUCUUUAUCGCCCAAAAUUGAUGAAGUCCGCGACGUUGUUUUGCAUGCUGAUUUUGAUUUAGUAUGCAUAACAGAAACUUGGCUCCGCGAUCACAUUCCCGAAAAUAUCGUCGCUAUCCAUGGCUACAACCUAAUACGUCGCGACAGGAUAAAUGACCUGCAUGGAGGUGUAUGCGUCUAUGUUAAGGAUACCAUCAAAUAUCAAGUGGUUCGAGAUUUAAUGAACGGAAAACUACGAAGCUCACAUAGAGAAAAUGGACAGCACUUCGAGGAUCUAAAAGAUCUUGCUUCYUUUAYCAACAAAGCGUUCCUUGCGCCAAUGAGUGAAUUCAGUCCACUCGAUCCUGUUAUACCUGCUUCGAACCAUCACGCAGACUACCUUGAAUCACAGCCAUUCCAAGUCACCAAUCACUCAGUAAUGAUGCUGUUAAAUUCCCUCAAUGCAAACAAAGCCACUGGGCCCGAUGCUGUUCCAGCUUGGCUACUCAAGGAGAACGCUGAUAUUCUUGCYGCUCCCGUGGCGGAUAUCCUGAAUAGCUCCUUUCAAGAACGAGUUCUGCCUAGCUCAUGGAAAAUGGCCGACAUCACCCCUCUUUCAAAGCAGAAACCAGUGACGGAUGUUAACAAGCACCUCCGACCUAGAGAGAACAGAAACAUUUUCGAGCCUGUUAUUAUAAAUGGCAGCCCUAUUGACACAGUACCAAAUGCCAAGCUGCUUGGUCUAACCAUCUCAAAUGACCUCAAAUGGAACUCACACGUAUACGAUAUA